AUGGGUCACUCUCAGGAACUAAGUGAAUUCAAGCGUGGUACUGUGAUAGGUUACCACCUGUGCAAUAAGUCCAUCCAUAAAAUUUCCUUAGUGCUAAAUAUUCCACGGUCAAAUGUUAGUGCUAUUAUAUCAAAGUGGAAGCAACUGGGAAUGACAGCAACUCAGCCAUGAAGUGUGCAUGUUCUCAGAAAUUGCCACCUGUCUGCAGAGUCAAUAGCUAAAGACCUUCAAACUUCAUUGAAAAGAACUAUUAAGGCGUCAGCAUACCAAGACAUUUUGAACAAUUUCAUGCUCUCAACUUUGUGGGAACAGUUUGGGGAUGGCCCCUUC